AAGAAAGCCAUAUAUUGAUAUAAUGGGAAAACGAAAGCACUCGGAAACUGAAGGCAAAUCUGACAAAAAACUAACCACCAUCUCCUUGGCCAAUGUUUCAAAAGAAAGUGAAACUCCCAUUCUAGCAACUUUCCCUGGUACUGUUCCUCCCGCCGAAACUCCUUUCACUCCUUAUAAACGCAAUUAUCAAACCAGUACUGAAAAAGCAAAUGAAAGAGUCUUGAUUGGUGAAACUGAAAAGGUUAUUUUUACUGGUUCCAACUUUGGUGAAGAUAGUCCUCGUGAUCUUCAUUGCAAUUAUUAUAUUGGUGUAUACUCAAAAAAGAAUCAAGAAGUAACUGUGACUCCUGCCAAAGUAUUAUCUAUGCGACGCAAGGUGAAAGCACUAGCAAGUCAUGAUGCUGACGUUAUUCAUAACAAGAGUUUCAAGUUACAACGUGCUGAUUUGGGUAUGACAUUUGGUACAGCUAAAGCCAAACAACAAUUACGUGAUGAAGAACGAAAUAUGGUCAAAACUGAAACAAUGUUGGAUGAAUUGGCAGACGUACAACGAGAAGUGGGUAUUGCUACAGCAUCUUUACCUACUCAAUCAUCUUUACGUCAACAAGUCAAAAGCAGUUUACCAUUACCCAGCUUCAAUAUGGAUGCGGAUUCCCCUGAAACAGCAUAUGAUCUUGAUAGUAUUGUGACUCAAGAUGAACUCAAUUCAAUCGAUAUUAAGGAUUUACUCAAACAAGAUACUUUGGAAAGUGUUCAAAACUGGUUACCAUAUAGUCGAUCCAACAUUAUCAACACUAAAAUCAUGCAAAUUAUCAAUUCUACUGGAAAAAAGGAUCGUCACCGAGCUCGUCUUUUAGUAUAUUUAUCGUACCUUAUGGCAUACAAUUCGAAAGUCAAAAGAAAUGAUUUGUUAAACCGUGAACGUUUGCAAGAUGCUCUCAAGAAUCCUCCUUCUAUCAUCCUUCAAGGUUUGACUGAUCGUUACACUGAAAAUUCACUUCGUACUCCUAUCAUGGCUGAUAAGAUUUUGUUUUAUAUUUUGGUAUUAUCUCUUAUGGUAUCAGAUUAUACUGUGUACCCUGAUAUUAUUGCAAAUGAACUCUCCCUCAAAUCUUCCAAGGCACAAACCUUAUUACGAAACCUAGGAUGUAAGAUUGAAAGAACUACAGUGGAAGAUGCAAAGAUGGCUGGUUUGGAUCCCAAAACUGCUAACAAGAAGGCUGUUCUGGUGGUUCCUCUUACUUUUCCCGAAUUAUCAAAAGGUGGCAAACGUAAAUAGAUAUUUAUUUAUCAUUUCUUAGAAUAGAAUUUAGACUAUAUUGUUUUUAUUUUGAUUUAUUUAUUCAUUGUUACUAUUAUUCCAUUUACUGCAUUUUUCUCCUUCUUCUUCUUUUUUUUUU